UUGACAUUGGUAUAAAGAAUAAACUAACCACCAUCGUUAUUGUCAGAUCGCAUUCCAAUUUAUAGUUACUUUUUCCGCAAUCUUGAUUUCACAUCACCUAACAAAUUUGGCAUUUUAAUUAUUCAAUUUACUUCCACUUUUGGUUGUUUUGGUGCACAUUUAUCAAUUUCUCAGUUUCACUCCAAAGAAUUACUCAUUUACAUGCUUGGAUUGUUUUCUUUUCCCUGCAUUUUCAGAAACGCUUGGGUUGCAAUUGGAAUCUUCUUGUUCUUAUCGUGGCCACAAUAGACAUGGUUUAUCACUCUAGUUUUGUGAACGAAGAUGUAGAGAGUAGAGCUUGUGGGUGUCCUCUUCUUCCUCUCAAGAGCCAUAUCAAGGGACCUGCUCCUGUUUCAGAUCAAGAUACAACUGAUAUUGUGGAUGAAGCCAUCACCUUCUUUCGAGCCAAUGUGUUCUUCAGAAACUUUGACAUCAAGAGCCCUGCUGAUAAGCUUCUCAUAUACUUGACCUUUUACAUCAACAUCGCUCUUAAGAGGCUUGAAGGUUGUAGAACCUUGGCUGAAGGAACCAAGGCAAUCAUCAACUUGGGUCUUGAAAAGGUUCCUGUCCCUGGAGAGUCUGGCUUUCCAUUUCCGGGCCUUUUCCCCCUUCCUCAAUCACACGACGAAGCAGAAUUGUUCAGAAAUUAUUUGAAGCAGAUAAGGGAAGAAACAAGUGGGAGGUUAUUAAGUGUUGCAUACAGACCUAAUGGCACUCCAAAUAAAUGGUGGUUGGCAUUUGCAAAGAGGAAAUUUAUGAAUAUAAUCAUUCCUUGAACUGUUGGCGGUCAUGCAAUUCUUAAACCAUAGGUUGUGCUGUGAAAAAUACAUUUAAAACUACUGUUGAUCUGACAAUAAAAAAAUAUAGUGAUUAGUGAAAGGCUUGUUGUUAGUUGUCUAGUUUGAAACUUCCAUUUUGAUUUGGUUAUAUUCAAACUACUGUUUUCUUGGUAGCA